UACAAAACUUUCUCUCUCUCCUUGUAUGUUCCCUUUUGCUAGGGUUGCCCCCCCUGGCCGCCUCUGCUGUUACCUUCACCUGUCCUACACUCCAUAGACAAGCUUAAACAUCCGACAGCAACGUAUGAUCGAUCGAUCAAUCCGAUGAUGAGGUCCUGUUCUUCCUUCACUCUUCCAUCUUCAAGCUUCAGCAAAACCGCGACCUGAUAAAGGGAUUAAAACUGAAAUGGGAGAGUUUUCUUCGAUUCCUGAAGAUUUGGUAUUGAAUAUUCUAUCAAGGUUGUCAAUUAAAGAUAUUCUUCGAUUCAGACCGGUUUGCAAAGAAUGGAACCUUCUAUUACGUACUCAUAGAUUUAUUUCUCUUCAUAGUAACCAAUCUUCACAGAAGAGAAUUGAAAACGAGGGUGGUUCUUCCUUAUCAUCAUCUUUUAUUCUACUUCGAUCUGUUUAUGAUGAAACUGAUGACAGUUCUGAGGAGGAUGAAAUCAGACGCCUUGAAGCUUACUAUGCAAUGUACAACGCUCAGGGUGAUCUCAGCCUGUCAUUUGGUCGUAGUAGUAGUAAAAGUGUCUUGUUGACAUUCUUCACCUUAGAGAAAACAAUCAGUGACGAAUUUGAUUGUUUGACUGUAACCGAGAAAGAAGGCGUUACCAUAGAAUCGAUUUUUUCAUCCGAUGAAGAACUCACACUGCCAUCAGAUAAUGAAUCUAUCCAAAUCUGUUCUCCGUUUGAUGGUUUGUUAUGUUUGGCAUAUGGGUCUCAAAUCAAUUUGUACAAUCCAGCCACUAGAGAAGUGUUAAGGUUACCUUCCCCUCCUCCAAAGUCGAAAUUUGAAGUUAAAUCUCGUGUUUUGUGUGUUUGGUUUGAAUCGGAAUCCAACAUGAAACAUUACAAAGUCUUUAGAAUGGUUUGUUGGAAGGUAUCUUUCAUGAUCGAAGUAUAUGAUUCUAUUGAGAAUAGAUGGAGGGUAAUCAUGAACAUAGUUGGAAGGGCGUAUCCUUGGAUAUCAGUGUUAUUCAAUGGAGUUGUUCACUUUUAUAUGGAUAAGGAUGAUUCGGUUUCACAAGGUAUGCUUGUAACAAUUGAUGCAAAAUCGGAAAAGAUUGGACGCUUUGAAUUGCCAUUUGUUAGAGUACAAUUUGAUGAAUCGGCUUUGUUGCCCUUUCGUGGAAAACUUGCCUUUUUGCAACCAAAUUUAGACGAAGGUGAUGAUAAGGUUUUUGUCAAUAUAUGGGUAAUGACUGAAUAUGGGGUGGAGGAGUCUUGGACGCAUGAAUAUACGCUCUUAGUUGAUUAUAUAGAACCAGAUGAAGAGACCACUAGUUAUACUUAUGGUACUUUUCUAUUUUACCCGCUAGCAUUUUGGAAAUGCAUGGAUGAUGACGACGAUGAUGAGGGGAUUGAGCUGUUGGUUAGAACUUGUGAUGGGAGGAUCGUCUCUUGCAAUCUCGUUACAGAGGAUAUCUAUGAUUUGGAUGUGCCAUGUGUUCCUUCUUGUACGGCGAUUAUCGUACCGAAUAAUGUGGAGGUUUUACUUUCUCUAUCAAAUCAUUUAUGAAAAAUCCAAUGGUUGAAUGUGUUUUGCAUGAAGUUUUGGCAGAUUUUGUUGAUACUUUUGUUUGGAAAGUUUGCAGGAUGGAGCCCAUGAACUUUGUUAAUUGGGUUAUGUUGGGAUAAAUUUAACUGGAUUUAUUUAUAUCUUAUUUUUUAGUUUGGAUUUUGGAUUAA